AUGGACACGGCUGAAGAAGAAUCAGCGGCCGUUAUGGGAGAAACAUCCAACUCUCUCCUCCGCAACACGCGCUGCUGUUUUUCUUUCCCGUGUUUCAACUCUCGUCAUUCCUCCAGCGCCGGAUUAUCCUGGUGGGAGCGAAUCCAAUUACAGAACCACUGGUGGACCCCGGCGGUUACUGCCUUUCAAAGAGUGCGAGAGUGGUCAGAGAUCGUGGCCGGGCCUAGGUGGAAGACUUUCAUCCGGAGAUUCAACAGAAACAGAAGUAAUAACAGCAGUUCACAUCAUGCUCCUGGAAAAUUCCAGUAUGACCCUUUGAGUUAUUCACUCAACUUCGAAGAGCACUGUAAUUUCGACCACGACGAUGAUUUCAGCGGCUUCCGGGAUUUCUCGUCGCGGUACGCUUCGAGUAAAUCGCCAGCGGCGGCGGCGGCCACGACUGUAGUGGAUGUUAGAGGGAAGGAUGUGGCGGCGUUGGCGUGA